GAAUUCAUGGUCUGCUCGAACCACCAUAUUCAUCCAAGAUUACUCUUCGUCAUAGUUGUCGGCUCGGCUUCUCCAGUGACGUGCGCCCUGGUUUCGGGGGAGCGUUGGCCGUCUCAGAAAUUGCUGGCCUCGGAAGACGAAAGAAGGCCGGAGAAUGACGACAUGCUUGUCUCAUAGUCGCCCUGGAACGCAAAACACGCACCCACUAAAGAGAAGCGUGCUGCUGGUUGCCAGAGCGGUCAAUGGCUGGACGUGGGCCCAAUUGAACCUGCAUUUCAGGGACCUGAAGUUCCACCUCGCGUUAAAUCGCGCUGGCGGUGGUCGGAAAGCUUGGCCAGACGACAAGACAAGUGCUUACUUGUUUCAGAGUGAGUUGAUCACCGCAACGCUGGAAAUAGCAUCUGGCACGCCUCAGCGUGGCCCAGAGUGGCGUAUGGGCAACUGCAAAUGCAUGGCCUCGCUGUCUGUUAGUCAGACGGGGCAUUGCAGGACGACUGCAGCAGGGCUUGGAUGCUUCAUGGCACCGCCUCCCGCCCCGAUUAAUCUCGAUACAGUGCACGACGGACGAAUUGGAGAGGCCAAGCAAGACGUCAUAGACCAAGACGGUGAAAGAGCCCCGGAUCAAGCUUCUCUGGAAAAAGCAGGAACGGGUGCCGAUGACUGGGAUGAGCUGCGAUAGUUUGCCGCAUCUAGUCAAGCACAAGGCCAGUGCGGGCCAUGUGGCGUCACUGGCCAGUUAUUUCCUUGCAUUACGUGGCUAAAAAAUGUGGAGGAGGCGCAACCGAGCAAGGGCCGCGACCGCUGUGUUUGUUGCUGGCUGCUGGGGCUAUGGCGAAUGGCG